UAAGGGCACACACUCCCAAAUUCAAAAUUCAAAAUUUCUUCCUUCCUUCCCAAAAAUUGUAAUCCGAUGUUUUAACGGUCUCAUUCAUUAAAACAAAUCAAAUUCCAAAUCUUAAAUUUGUUUCAUCCCUUUAUUCUUCUUCUUUCUCUCAUAUCUCUGCAAUUUCUUCUUUAUAUCAAAUUUAUAACAAUUUUUGUUCAUCAAUUCUCAGAAUAUGGCUAAUCCUCCCGUAAACGAUCCCCUCCUGCAAGUCGAAACCACCUGCGGAUCCCUCCUUUACGAACUUCAGAUAAUAUGGGAUGAAGUUGGCGAGUCAGAUGGUGAAAGGGAUAAGAUGCUAUUAGAGCUUGAACAGGAAUGCCUUGAGGUAUACAGGAGAAAGGUAGAUUUGGCAAACAGGAGUCGAGCUCAACUUCGACAAGCUAUUGCUGAUUCUGAAGCAGAAUUAGCAGCCAUAUGUUCUGCUAUGGGGGAACGACCCGUGCACAUUAGGCAGUCUGAUCAAAAUCGUAGCCUGAAAGGAGAGCUCAGAGCAAUUCUUCCAGAAGUGGAAGAGAUGAGAAAGAAAAAAUCUGAGAGAAAGAUUCUAUUCCUUGAAGUCUUGGAACAGAUAAAUAAAAUCCAAUUGGAAAUUUAUGCAAUUUCACUCAAAACAGUAUUGGAUGAAAGUGAUUUAUCUUUUAAGAAACUAGAAGAACUUCAUGCUCAAUUUCAAGCACUUGAGAAAGAAAAGAGUGAUCGACUUAAGAAAGUUUCAGACCACAUGAGCACCUUACACUCACUGUGUUUGGUUCUUGGCCUAGAAUUUAAUCAGACAGUUCAUGAAAUCCAUCCUGGCUUAGCAGGCAUGGAAGGAGGAAAAAGCAUAAGUGAUGAUGCAAUCGGAAGGAUUGCUGCUGCUAUAGAGAGACUACGCGAGGUCAAAAUAGAGAGAAUGAAAAUUAUCCAAAAUCUUGCAACUUCUCUAUUAGAGCUUUGGAAUUUAAUGGAUACACCUGUUGAAGAGCAACAAAUAUUUCAAAAUGUUACAUGCAAUAUAGCAGCGUCAGAGAACGAGAUCACGGAGCCCAACUUGCUAUCUGUGGAAUUUAUCAGUCAUGUUGAGGCAGAGGUUUCACGGCUUGAAGAAUUAAAAUCUAGCAAAAUGAAAGAACUCGUCUUUAAAAAAAGAUCAGAAUUAGAAGACAUUUGUCGAAAGACACACUUACUUCCAGAAUCUGAUAACUCAAUGGAGAUUGCUGUGGAAGCUAUUGAAUCUGGUGUUAUUGACCCUGCUAGUCUACUUGAACGAUUUGAGCUUAAAAUUGGAGAAGUUAAAGAGGAAGCAUAUAGCAGGAGAGAAAUACUUGAGAAGGUUGAGAAGUGGAUGGCUGCAUGCGAAGAAGAGUGUUGGCUUGAGGAAUAUAACAAUGAUGACAAUCGUUAUAAUGCUGGACGGGGUGCUCAUUUGACUCUUAAGCGUGCAGAGAAAGCUCGAGCUUUGGUAAACAAACUUCCAGGAAUUGUGGAAGCAUUAGCUGUUAAAACGAUAACUUGGGAGAAUGAAAGAGGCACUGCCUUCACUUAUGAUGGAAUCCGACUUCUCUCCAUGCUUGAGGAAUAUAAGAUCUUAAGGGCAGAGAAAGAAGAAGAAAGAAAACGAGAAAGGGACCAGAAAAAACUUCAAGGUCAGCUUAUCACAGAACAGGAAGCGAUGUUUGGGUCAAAACCGAGCCCAAUGAAACAGAAAAGUGGGAAAAAGGGGCCUAGGAUGUCAUGUGGUGGUGCAACUAAUAGAAGACUGUCACUGGGAGGUGCUAUGCAUGCCCCAAAAAUGGAGCUUCACACUAGAGCUACACCAAAUACCCGUCAUACUAAAAAGAAUGAACGUCAGUUAAAUACUAGGGAUGAAGGAUUUGCGGCCCUUUCAACUGGGAGGAGAGGUUUGGACAUAGCUGGACUUCCUGCAAGCAGAAAACAUUCUAUUAGUGAAGUCGAACCGUCACACCGCACGCCCUUUUCCCCAAUUUCUUCCACUGAAUCAUCAAAAUCCAAUAUAACUUUAUUGGAAGAUCUCAACAGAAAACACGAAAUGGUGCAGAAAACUUUUCAGAAAACCAACACACAACCUUUCACUACUCCUGCCAAAACCACGGUAUCUUCAAUGGAAGAUAACGAAAAUAGAACUCCUAAAACAAACAUGAUUCCAACCAUACCUUGCACACCAUCAACAGUUUCUGUCCCAAUGCAGACAAUAAUGACACCUUUUUUGGAUAAGAAAAGUUUUCCUGAAGAAAUUAUCGAGUACUCGUUUGAGGAAAGGAGAGCUGGUUUCGUGCUUCCUAAAGCGCACUUGAAGAUGGUUGCCGCCAUUUGAUGUCUUGUGAAGUGUUGUUAGCUUGAUUUGUUUUAUUGUCAUUGACAUAUUUAUGGUUUGAAGUCAAUUGUAAUUGGCUUUUCCUGAAAGUUGUGAUGUAUGCAAGAGCUUGGUUUAAUCUUUAGAAUGUGUCUAGAAACGGAUAAAAGCUCACCAGAGGUGGAUGAAAAUUUCUGUGUUUCAUCCAUUAAUGUUUGAGUCCAAUUUGCCAUUCAGAAUUUUGAUGUUUACUUCUUUACUGAUCA